UCUUUGAGCAAGACCAACGCGCCGUCGCCGUGUAGCAUCAGGCCAGCUGGGCAAAUGCUCUCCGGAGCUCAAGCCGCCGGGUCGGCUCUGAACAUCAUCGGACUGCAAGGCCCGGCGCUGACGUGCGUGAAGCAGGCCGCCUCCACGGUGAACACCGCGCCGCCACCACAGCCUCCUCUGCCGGUCAUCACCAGCGUACUCUCUCCCAUCCCGGUGCCGGCGUCGCUCAAUGUCUUGGCCCUCCCGCAGAAUUUCACUCCGGUGUCUUUGGGCUCAAUGACUCCGGCCUUGAACGCUUUGAUCCCAGUGAGCGGCCCUGGCGGACUCCCAAAGCCAGGCCAGGUUAACCUGCUGCCUGCCACCUUUCAGAUGGGCCAGAGCAACCUUGCCAUCAGGGCGCUGCCUCGGGCAUUCCUCAUGCCGCAGGGAUUGACCAUUGACCGGGCGGCCAGACCCACCAGUAUUCCAGGGAAUUUGCCGACGAUUGAGCAUCUAAUUCAGAGCGGGAAAGACGCCAACGGCUUACCUGCCUACACCCUCAUAACUCCAGUUCAGUUCGCCUUGCCUGUUGCUCCCACUGCGACCAGCAGCAGCAACAAACCAGGCGUGCUCUCCGCCACGCAAUUGCCACUUCAUAUCGACCGGUCGAAUCAAGCGCCGUGCGUUCCCCAGCAAGAGCCCUCGGUGAUCGCAGUUGCCGCCGUGGAGCGGGAACCGGCGCCGUCGAUGCCCGCGGAACUUGCUCUAAAUCUGCCGCCGGCGCCCGUCACCAGAGCCCAACAGUGGAAGAGCUGCUCCUUCUGCAGCUCACUGUUACCGCUCAGCGCCUACGACAACCACAUCGCCACCGCGCACAGGGCCAACAACAACAGGCCUGAGAAGGUCGUGGCCUGUGCCAACUACCUACAGAGGGCCGGCGCCCACAUCUGCAAGUGUCUGUUCUGUGAGUGUUACGUACACGAAAACCAACUGUUUUGCCAUCUGCUAAUGCAUGGCCUGACCUGCUUGUUCUGCUCGCAAACCUUCUACGAUCUGGCCAAGUUUACCGCGCACACCAAGUUCUCGCACGCUGGGCUGAGGAUCCAAGUGGUGGAAAACAACAAAGACGGAGCCUCGUCCUCCAACCAAAGCAAAGAAGGCGGCUUUAACUUGACUAUCACGUUACCAGAAGAUGAAAUGGGUCCCAACGACAUCCACCUGACCCUCAUUCCAAGCAAAAUGUCCUCUCCUCACGCGCCUUUAGUAAUCGAGGUGUGCAGGCACAAGGCAGAGCAGGUAGACAUCAUUGCAGAGGCUGUAACCCCGGGGCCACCAAGUUCAGGGUGUCCUUUCUGUUGGAAUCAUUUUCGUGGUUUGCAAUACGAAAUGCAUUUGCACGAGAAACAUCACGUGGCACCUGUUGUUCAUCCGCUACUGAAGAUACCCUCGUUUAAGUGCAUUUACUGUCAAGCUGUGUACACUGACCACAUGUCGGCAUCAACAAUCUCUCUCCAUCUUUUUCGCUGCAGGGGCCUUAAUAAAAUGCAAACUGUUACUUUGCCAAAAGACACUGGGCUGUCAAAGCGUGUGUUUUCAGAAAUCGGCGAAUUGGGGGCUGAACUGGUUUCAAAUGGCGACGGAAGAAAUUUAGCGCCGCCGGCUUCAAAACGAUUAAAGACUGAUGUAGCCACCGUCUAUUCUAAAGUCUCUCCUUUAGCACUGAGUAACACGGCGAAUACUUCACACUCCUUGCCCUCUUCGGAUCCAUCUACUGUGCUGGCGCUAGUCCCGAAAGGAUUUGGCCAUCGCCCCUACAAAGAACGAAAGCUGUUCCUCAAUGACUAUUUUCACAAGCAACCUUACCCGAGCAAUAAGGAGAUCGACCUGUUAUCUUCAGUCCUGUCCCUGAAGAAGAACGACGUUGUCCUCGUCUUUGACACAAAACGGGGGUCGUGCUUGAAAGCAAUGAAGGACAAACCUUUUGUGCUUUUAGGAUUCAACAUGUCGGAACUGAAGAAAGUAAAGCACGGGCUCAGAUUUGAUUUUGGGGGAACAAGCAGAAAGCCGAAUAGAAGUUAGUUAUGGCUUGCGUAGGAGGGAACUGCCGAUCCUGGUUUCCACUUAAGGUAAGACACAAAAUGCUGGAGUAACUCAGCGGGACAGGCAGCGUCUCUGGAGAGAAGGAAUGGGUGGGUGACGUUUCUGAAGAAGGAUCUCAACCCGAAAGUCAUCCAUUCAUUCUCUCCAGAGAUGCUGCCUGUCCCGCUGGCUAACUCCAGCAUUUUGUGUCUAUCUUUGGAUUAUAACUGUCCAUCCUUCCAAAUCCUGAAAAUGAAUGACUUUGACAGUGAUACUGUAGAUUAUUGUGUAAACUUUGUCCAGACUCCAUUGGUGAAGUUGUGCACCGAAGAUGGACACACAAUGCUGGAGUAACUCGAAAGAAUGGGUGACAUUUCAGGUCGAGACACUGCUCCAUUCUCCAGUCUGAAGAAGGGUCUCGACCCGAGAUGUCACCCACCCAUUCCUUUUCUCCAGUGAUGCUGCCUGUCCAGCUGAGUUACUGCAGCAUUUUGUGUCUAUCUUUAGUUUUGACAUGAGUGUCCACCUUGGUCAUAGGGUACAAAUACAUGGACUAAUCUAUACUGGAAGACAAUCAAAUUGUUCAUGGCAUUUUGCUUUAGGGGACGCUUCUUUUGCCAUACUGGUCAUGAUUCCUUGUGGCUGGAAGCUCGAGAUCAAGAUGAAUCUAAAUACAAAGGUUUAACUCGAAAUCCUGCUUAAAGCCAAAAAUGUUAUUGUGUUUAUUUACAGCCACUUUACAUGGAUGCAGUGCGGUUUGCAAAAUGAAAUGUAAACUUGCAUUCAGGUAGAAAGGGAUAUAUUGGUAUUAAGCACAGGUUCACGAUGAGCUUUGCUAUAUGUGUUGGAGGAUGAAUUUAAUGUCAAUAACACUGUGACUUUUGCUCUGCCCAAUUUACAAAGUUCCUGCCUUUGCAGUUUCUUAAUGUUUGUUUGAAACAUGAAAAGGAGGGUGAGAAGUACAGUUUAUUCGGUCAAACCUGCUGCAAAGUUGCCUCUUUCAGUUUAGUAUAUUGUCAGAUGUACAGUGAAAAGCUUUUUGUUGCGUGCUUAUAGAGUCAGCAGAAAGACAAUACGCGAUUACAAUCGAACCAUUUACAGUGUAAUGGGUGCAACGAUUGUAAUCUGAUUGUAGAUCUGCUUCUUUGUUGGGCGCCAUCUUGGAUUAUUUUUUGACAUUGCCUAGUCCAUUUUUCCAAUGUUCUUGAUCAAUUUCGGCUUAGGAUGCCUUGUCUGCUUUUCACUAUCACAAUUUUGUAGUUCCUCUUCUUUUCACUAUUACAAUUUUGUAGUUCAUUUCACAAAUGAUUAAAAAAAAAUCACAGUUCA